AUGGUUGACACUUAUGUUCGAGAAAUUAUAAGAUUACAUGGAGUAUCGAGAACCAUUUUUCAAGAAGCAUUCAUAUCUAAACUGUGUUUAAGAACCGCAUUUCAUCCAGCUACUGAUGGCCAAGCAGAAAGAACCAUCCAAACGUUGAAGGAUCUUUUGAGAUGUUGUAUUCUUGAAUUUAGUGGUUCAUGGGAGCAGAAUUUGCCUUUGAUAGACUUGAGGUUGGUGCAAGAGAACAUAAAGACAGCCCAAAGUAGAAAAAAGAUUUAUGCAGAUAACCGUCGCAGAGUUUUGCAAUUCGAUGAAGGUGAUAAACUGCUUCAUCUCAAGCCCGACAAUAAUCAACCCGAAUAUGCAGAAAAGAGCGAACAAACUUCUUUCCAACAAACAAAAAGGUUCAUCUUGGUGGGUAUUUUUAAUUCAUCCAAGAAAAUGGGUUCUUACCAAUUGGGUGAUUCCACCUUUUAUUCUCUCAUUGAUACUUAUGCUAAUUCUGGGAAAUUUAAGUCAUUGGAGAGGGAUUUUGAUAGAAUGAAAUGUGAAUGUCAGUUUGAGAAGGCCUUGAACUUUUAUAAAAGUGUUGUUGAAUGUUGGAAUAUGAUGCCUAAUGUUCUAACUUUCAAUUUGAUGAACUGGAUUUCGUUGUCGAGCAACAAAUUGAGUGGAGUUAUACCAUCUUGGAUUGGUAAAUUGAGUAAUCUUGCCAUUCUCAAGCUCUCGAACAACUCGUUUUAUGGUGAAAUCCCAUCUGAGAUGAAGCAGGUAUCCAACUCACUACCUGCAUGUUGCAAGGUAAGGGUGGAAAACAUUUAUGACAUUGCAUUACCCCAAUAUCAUCAAGCACACAACUAA